CCAAGAGCUAAUAGAAUAGAUCAGUGAACUCCAAAAAGAAAAUAAAAAAUGGAGAGGAGGCUCCGAGAGAUGGGAAUUCCGGAGGGGGCGGCGGUGGCGGAUGAUACUGGUACCAACAGUAAGUCUCUAUAUAUAUGUACCUACAAGUGCAAUAGCAGGAGUUUUCAUGCUCGUUAUGAUAUCUCCGCCAUCGGAUUGAGCGAUUUAUCAUCCAUACUCAAAUCCAAAUCCCAAUUAAAGAUUGACAAAUUAGAGUUGCUGCGAAAACUGGCUUCUGUGGAGGGCAAGGAUGUUCCCUACGAUAUGGGUUGCUGUUUGUUCGGCUCCCAAAUUCUUCUUGCCGGCGGCCGGAAACCGGAAGACCCGGAGCAGGACGAUACGUCUCUAUACGAACUAGAUGCGGGCACACAAAUUUAUCUGUUUGAGGCAGAUGACAAUGAGAAAACAAAGGCCAAAGUUUACAAUCAUGGCAACCGUUUUGGAUCUUUUCCUCCUCCUCAGAGUCACAGUCACGGUGGGGGGAUCAUCAAAGGGGACUGCUGCUACGGUGAACUUCAUCAAGGGAAACCUCAACCAUUGGUGGUUGAGGUUGCUGGGAAGCUGUUUGUUCUCUCUAGUGGUCCGGUAGAUUUCCCUAGUCCAGCUUUUGAGGAGUUUAACUCGAAUAAGGGGAUUUGGACCACUCUGCCGGACCCUCCGCCGUAUACUGGUGACUGUCGUGACUUCUCUUAUGCAAUCGUGGGCACCAAGAUCAUGGUCUCCACCCCAAUAUCUUCGGUUUUCUGCUUUGACGCCGAUGCCCCGAAUCCUGGCCAAUGGUCUGUGUGCUGUGCUGAGCCUUUUCCCUUCGAAGGUAGGGCUUUAGUGUUGGACUUGGAGGAGGAUGAUAAUCGUAAUAAGAUAGUGUUUGGCUAUGAACACAUCCCUGGACAUGGCUAUGAUGUAGUAGCCUACACCAUGUUCAACGAUGAUGAAAAUGGUUAUUGUUAUUGUCAUCGCAUCACCCCUCUACAUCUGCUGACAGAGUUCAGUGAAUUAGUUUUUGGAACAGAUAACACGUGA